AUGUGGAAAGUCAGCAGCAAAGGACGUACAUAUCAAAAUGGAAAAGCCUUGUCAUCCGAGACUAGGAGGGCUAUUAUUGAUAAAAUAAUUCUUCGAGGUGGUCAAAAAGAAACCGGUGUGUUUCAUGGCAAAUUGCUGGAUGUCGCAACUGAAUUGAAUUUGUCGUGUUCAGUGGUUUCCAAAAUAUGGAGACAGUAUUGUCAGACCUCUUCAUUUUCACUGUUGAAAAAAACAACCGGGAAUAAUAGUAGUUUGUCUGACGGUGAUUUACAACUUUUGGAGGUAAUAAAAAGACAGCGGCCAUCAACAAGUUAUAAUGAAAUUUUGAAUGUCCUAUUUGACGUUGGCGAUUUACCAACUGGUUCUACUUCAAAAACGGCUGUGUGUAACGCUGUUCAGAAUUGUUUGCCUUCUGGUAAAUUUACUUACAAGAAAAUAAAUAAAGUUGCUCAAGAACGGUUUUCCUUGCAGAAUAUGGCCUACACACAGUUGUUCAUCGACUAUUUGCACGAUAAAGAUCCAUAUACGGUACAAUAUUUCGACGAAUGCGGCGUAAAAUUACCAGGCAAUGGUACGAGAUCUUAUGGCCAUGCUCCAGUGGGCGAAAGAGCAAUAGAAAUUAUCAGAUACUGUGAAACGGCAAACACAACUGUGAAUGUUUUGUGUUCACUAUUUGGUGCAACAUAUACGAACAUUGUAGACGGUCCAUCUAACACAACCGAAUUUUUGAGAUUUUUUGAAGAAGCGUAA